UGAAUAAACCUUAACUCGUGUAAAAAAGUACGACUGCUUGAAAAUCUGCUUAAUUUGAAUAUAUUCUCAUUUUAUUUGGCUAUUUGCUGUCCCUAAAAGCAAAUUUGUCAAGACAUUUACUUUUAAGAUUUUACCGCGGUCAUUACACAGUGCAAAUCUUUCGAAAUUAAAGAGAUCCCCCCCCCUCUUACACAUACACAGUUAGGUGUUAGUGUGCUCCUAAAAUGUUUACAAACCCGUUCGGUCCAUUACGGUGGCUCAACAGGAAGUUUUUUUUAAGUCAGUUGACGUCAUCAUAGGAAUAUAAAGGUUGUGGCGACACAUACGCUCAUCACCUAUUCGAACUCCCUCACUGCAACAGCGGAGAGACAGAGGAGCAGAGGAGGGCAGAAGACAGAGAAGAGGGACAAAUAAAUACAGAAAGAGGAAAGUCUCUUUGGACUAUGAACAGACAGACACUCUCGGUUUUCCUGUUGGCGCUGGGCUUUCUUGUUUGUGAAGGAGGUAACCCAUGCUGCUCACAGCCGUGUGAGAACAGAGGCGUGUGCACGGCACUUGGAAGUGACUAUGAAUGUGACUGUACUCGCACUGGAUACUAUGGACAAAACUGCACCACACCUGAGCUCCUGACACUGAUAAAGGUUUACCUGAAACCAUCGCCCAACACUGUCCACUACCUGCUCACCCACUUCAAGGGCUUCUGGAACAUCAUCAACAGCAUCUCUUUUCUCCGGGAUGCCAUCAUGAAAUAUGUGCUGACAUCCCGUUCCAAUAUGAUUGAUAGUCCUUCAACUUAUAAUUCAGAUUACGAUUACAAAAAUUGGGAAGCCUAUUCUAACAUCUCAUACUAUACCCGUGCCCUCCCUCCUUUACCUGAGGAUUGCCCCACUCCUAUGGGUGUCGUAGGUAAGAAAGAGCUUCCUGAUGCCAAGGUUUUGGCUGAAAAGCUCCUGAUGAGAAGAGAGUUCAUCACAGAUCCACAAGGAACCAGCCUGAUGUUUGGAUUCUUUGCACAGCAUUUUACUCACCAAUUCUUCAAAAGUGACAUGAAGAAAGGACCUGCUUUUACUCUGGCAACAGGGCAUGGGGUGGACCUCAGCCAUGUUUAUGGUAACGACCUGCAGAAGCAACACAAGCUCAGACUGUUCAAGGAUGGCAAACUGAAACAUCAGGUCUUGAAUGGAGAGGUUUAUCCUCCAACAGUGAAGGAAACGGGUGUUCAUAUGAUCUACCCUCCUCACAUCCCUGAGUCUCAGCGCUUUGCUGUGGGCCACGAGGCCUUCGGCCUGGUCCCUGGCCUGAUGAUGUAUGCUGUCAUCUGGCUACGGGAGCACAAUCGAGUGUGUGACGUGUUGAAGGAAGUGCACCCUGACUGGGAUGACGAGAGACUUUUCCAAACCACAAGGCUCAUUCUGAUUGGUGAGACCAUCAGGAUUGUGAUUGAAGAUUAUGUGCAGCACCUGAGUGGCUACAACUUCAAGCUGAAGUUUGACCCCGAGCUUCUCUUCAAAGAACAGUUCCAGUACCAGAACCGCAUCGCCUCAGAGUUUAACACACUCUAUCAUUGGCACCCCCUGAUGCCGGAUACCUUCCGUGUCGGGGAGACACACUACAAUUACAAGCAGUUUAUCUUCAACAACUCUGUAGUGAUAGAGCAUGGCAUCAACAAGAUGGUGGAGUCGUUUACCAAUCAAAUUUCAGGACGGGUUGCUGGUGGCCGGAACGUUCCUGUGCCUAUUCUGUAUGUGACCGUUGAGACAAUAGAGCACAACAGAAAAUUGCGUUACCAGUCCUUAAAUGCCUACAGAAAACGUUUCAACAUGAAGCCCUACAGCUCUUUUGAGGACCUGACAGGAGAGACAGAAAUGGCGGCAUUGCUGGAGGAAAUGUACGGACAUGUCGACGCUGUAGAGUUUUACCCUGGCCUUCUUGUGGAAAAACCCAGACCUAAUUCCAUCUUUGGGGAGACCAUGGUGGAGGUAGGGGCUCCUUUCUCCCUGAAGGGACUGAUGGGGAAUCCCAUCUGCUCCCCAGAGUACUGGAAACCCAGCACCUUUGGUGGAAAAGUAGGCUUUGAAAUCGUCAACACAGCCUCUUUGCAGAAUCUCGUCUGCAACAACGUUCGUGGCCCCUGUCCCGUGGCAUCUUUUCAGGUGCAAAACAUAAAAGAGACGGAGCCUGUGAUCAUUAACUCCAGCACAUCCCAGUCACAGGGUAGUGACAUCAACCCUACAGUCAUUUUAAAAGAGACAAGUACGGAGCUGUAAUUAACUAUUCUUUUCAUUUGUGAGCCAUCCUGUUUUUUAUGUAUGUGUCAAUGCAUGUAUAUUUGUAUGUAUUUAUUUAUUUAUUUAUUUAAGUCUAAGUUUAUAUUUAUUGUUAACGCUAUUAACGUUAUAACGUUUAAAGUUAGAACAUUUUCUCGUUAGAUAUAAAACUGUACAUAUUUUGUGACAGGUAAAAAAUAUUUUAUUUUAUUUUAUUUAUUAGUUCAUUGUAUGAUAUAUAGGAAUAUAAAGUGGCAGUAAUUUAACGACCUCAAUCUAUGCAACCUGAUACUUGAAAAGUGGUUUACAGUUUUAACAGUUAACUGGUCGUACAUUUGUCUCAGUGCACCACACUUUACUGUUUUUACAAUAGUACACUAUACUAGUGUUGUUCAGUUAACUCCAUGACUGAUCAUAUUUCCAUGCUGGUCACCAUACAGCAAAAACAUUCCUGUGUCAAUUUUCUUUUUAUAAAUUAUAUAUAAAAUAAUUUUUUUCUUUCUUUUGGUCUACAUCAGUAUGUUUUUACCUGGAUGGUUUGAAAAUAUAACUGUUUACAAAGUAUAUGACCACAUGGGGCAGUUUGUUUCCAAUUCUGUGGCUUUUGCUGACCUGGAAGAUAAUAAAUGCUACAAUAAAUUGAUGCACAUUUCUCAAAAA